UCAAAAUGGCUGUCUUGAGUAGACUACUAUUUGGCACUGGUAAAAAAUUAUAUGGUAUAAAUGGAUCAGUGUGGAAAUUAUUGGUCAAAAACAAUUCCUAUGUGAUUCAGAAUCAAGGGGCAAUAAGAUGUAUGUCUGAACAUCGUACUAUGGAUAUAGCUGCAUCUAAUUCCGAUUGGAGAAUUAUUAAAAAUUGGAUGUAUUUUUACUUCUUUCUCAGUGCCAUACCUGUUUUUAUAAUUAUCUUCUGUAGCAAUGUGUUUGUAGGCCCUGCAACAAUAGAAAAAACACCUGAAGGAUACAUUCCAAAACCCUGGGAAUAUUACAGAUAUCCUGUUACAAGAUUUUUUGCGAGGUAUUUUUUUCCAAACAUACAAAUGGAAUAUGAAAAAUAUCUUCAUAAAAUGCAAGUAGCUGAGAAUAAAAGACGACUACGUGAGUUAGAAGAUCAAAUGGCAUAUUUAGUAGCGACGAAAGGAGAUCAUCGAUAUUGGUCUUUCAGACAGAAUGCAUUACGAUAUGUGUUUCGUAGAAGAGAAGAAGCUGAUAAUUCGAUUUAAUAUGUUAGGAAUAAUUUGUAAAUGUAAACUAGAUGUGAAACAAAUUUACUUAUAGUAUUGAAUAAAAUGUAUCAAAAUUAA